AUGUAUGCAGAAUUACAGAAAUCUUACUACGGUUGUUACAUGGUCACGACGCUAUUAACCCGAUCGGAGUUCAAGACAUAUGCUCCAAUCAUUGUUAUCGAUAUGAGUCAGCAGAAUGACAACUUAAAAACAUCGACUUUGGAUCUUGGGAUUGAAUUCGAAGCAGAUAUAGAAUUUCCACCCUUUACGUCAGCAUACUGUUUAAUUUUACACGACCAAAUUAUAACAUACAAUCCGUUUAAUGGUGAAGUACGUGUAUUAUAA